GACAUCAAGUUGCCAUUCUUAUAAAAAUUAUUCAUAGGAAUUUUUUUUUACCUCUUCUCUUUUAUAAAAGAAGAAGAAUAUUUUGAUAAUAUUUGUCAAAUUUUUAUUUCACAGUAAGUGAAGUUCAUCUCGGCUUCUGCCGAUUUGAGGACCUAGAAUACUAAAACAUCCGCUUGAUAUGCGGAGAUCGUGAAAUAAAUUUCCUUUUAUAAUUAGAAGCAAAAAGGUAAUUAUAACAUAAUGGCAUCAUCGCCAAAAAUGGGACCUCAGGAUAUGCCUCCUCCAGGUGGUUAUGGUCCCAUUCAAAUUGAACGAAUCAAACUGCGAAAACUCAUUUCAGCUCCAAUAACUAUCGCAGUAUUUGUCGUCAGUCAGUUUGUUGGAUUUCAUAUUUAUGGAUUAACGUGGCGAAAAUUAAAAAAUGAAGAAAUUGAAUUGCAAAGUGCAAGAUUCGCUAUGCUGCCAAUGCUUCUGGCUGAGAGAGAUCGAGCUUUCCUGAAGCAAGUCAGAAAGAAUCGAGACGAAGAAAGGGAAUUAAUGAAAAACGAUCCUGACUGGGAAGUUGGUACCUAUUAUGGUGAACCAAUUUUCAUCACCCGUCCGGAGGAGGAAUUUCGUGAGCCGACAUUCCAAGAAUUUUACGCUCAUGCAUCAUGGUCAGAAUCAAUCGCUCGUCGAAUGAUGCGACGUCAUUUGGUUUAAUUUAAUAUUGCGAUUGUUAAUUAGUAGUAUCAAAUAUUGUCAAACCAUUAACUAAAAAAUAAGAACUGUGUAUAUUAAAAAUUAAACUGAAAUAAAUAAAUUAAAGAA